AGCAUCACGGGCACAAACGCGCGCGCAUUGGCUACUGAAGAGAGAGGGAGAACGAGAGAGAGAGAGAGAGAGGGAGAGAGGGAGAGAGGGGGGCAACCGUCUACCGUUUUGUUGCACGAGGAGUGGAGUCGCGAGGAGCCUCUGCUGACAGACAGACAGCAGAGUCGCUGCCUCACUGACUGCGACACCUGAACAAUCACCAAACAGCACCAACAGCGAACAAGCGGAGGAGAGCCUGCUGAAAGCGAGGAGGUGGAGGAACGGAGGCUUUCCUGAAAAUUAAAGAAGAAGAAGAAGAAGGAGAGGAGGAGGAGGAGGAGGAGGAAGAAGAAGAGAGGAAAGCGGGGGCAGGCAGCCGGCUGGCCGGGACACGGAGCCCGUCCAGGGGGAGAAAUCACCGCCACGACCGUCACUUCACAUCACAGCUCCGAGAUGACAAAGUCCCAGUGAAGCUGAGAGAGAUGUCGCAGAAGAAGAUAUUCCUGGUCUUCGUUGCCAUCAGUACUGUCAGUCUUCUGCUGCACCAUGGGGGCCACUUCAGCUGGACCAUGGAGGCUUUCCACCUCGGUUGUCCCGCCCUCCGAUCCCACCCUGCCGCAGGCUUGAAACCUAAACACACCAAUGUGGCCUUCCUCAAGACCCACAAAACGGCCAGCACCACCAUGCAGAACCUGCUCUUCCGCUUUGCAGAGCACAACAACCUGACGGUGGCGUUGCCUGUGCAGGCCUGCAGCCACCAGUUCUGCUAUCCACGCUCCUUCACCUCUCACUUUGUCCAUCCGCACACGCUGCCGCCAAACGUCAUCACCAGCCACAUGCGCUUCAACAAGGCGGAGCUGCAGCGCCUGAUGCCGAACGACACAAUAUAUGUCACAAUAUUGAGAGAGCCGGGCUCCAUGUUUGAAUCCUUGUUCAGUUACUACAACCAGUAUUGUCAGAGUUUCAAGAGGGUCCCCAACGGCUCCCUGGAGGCUUUCCUAGAGGAGCCCUGGCGCUACUACCGGCCAGAUGAAAAGGACUCCAUGUAUGCACGCAACACCCUGACUUUUGACUUGGGUGGAGACAAGGACCGCCCAGCAACAGAUGUGGUGUAUGCGCGGGCCUUUGUUGCAGAGGUGGAGCGAGUUUUCUCCCUGGUGAUGAUUGCUGAGUACUUUGAUGAGUCUCUGGUUCUGCUUCGCCAUCUCCUCUCCUGGGAUCUGGAUGACAUUCUGUACUUUAAGCUCAACAUGCGGACCCCGAGCUCAAAGCGGAGCCUGACACCGGGCCUUCCUGCAAAGAUCCGUGCCUGGAAUUCCUUGGAUGCACGUCUCUACGACCACUUCAACGCCUCACUGUGGCGCCAGCUGUCGGCCCUGGGUCCGGCCUGUGUGGCAAGGGAGGUGCGACUCCUUCGCCGAGCCCAGGAGAGGCUCAUGAGGAGCUGCUUCGGUGGGCGGAUGCCGCUUCUCCGCUCAGCAGCACAGAUCAAAAACAAGGAUCUCCGCCCCUGGCAGCCUAGUGGAAAAGUCGAUAUUGUGGGCUACGAUCUACCAGUAAAUCUCAGCCGUGGGUUUUCGAGCCAGGCCCAGGAGCUCUGCCUCAAGCUCAUCAUGCCAGAGGUCCAGUACACACGGGUUCUCCUACGUUCCCAAUCACUGCGCUACCGACGAAGCUACCAGCUCCGGUCCCCGCAGCAGUCACAUCCCCUCCAGCAGCCCAUACGUACAGUCCUGCCCCGGCACCGCAGUCAACAACCUCCUGCAGCCCCCGGCCCUGCGUCAGGAACAGGGUCCACCUCCACUUCAAAGCCUGCUGCAGGAACUCAAGGUUGGACCACAAAGAUAAGGUCUAAAUCCUCACAGACCCAGGCCUCAUAGAUAGGCCUGGACAGAAAACAGAGACUUGAAUGUAAUGUGAGUGCCCAAACAGACUGCAUUGUUCUGCCCAUCCUGAUCCACAAGACAAUGACUGGCUGGUUGGGGGGGUUUUGGAAACAAGGGUGUCCUUGGAAAAAGUCUGGGUUGUUCUUGAAUCAAUGUCUGUCUUGUGCCCUCCAGAGUCUGGGAUAAAAAUAAAUGAGGAAAAAGGAGGGAAAGGAGGUAAGACAUAUCUGGACUUGAACUUGAAUCUCUCCCCUCUCUGGUCUGCGAAACAGUAUCGGGGUUGGCAGACACAAGGGUGGGAGAAAUCUACACUGGGACUCGGCUCAGUUGUGCACCUCUUCACGUCUGACCGAGGCGGAUGGGAGAGGGUUUUAGGUGAAAGUAGUUCUUUGAAGCAAAUCUGUUAUGUGCAACCAGGACUCAAUAGGGAAGUGGCGAUAUCAGGCCUAUUGUGAGGCACAGAGUGGGCUUUGUGUGUAUCACACUGGUAUUGUAUCAUGUUACUUGCUUUCAUUCUCUGUUUCUCGAACUCUCGUUUGCUCUCUCUUACUAACAUAUGCCACUUUAAGUCCUUGAGAGAGACGUAAUGACGUAAAGGGAUCAGCUGUCAGGUCUCCAAAGAGCCUCCUAAGAGGCCAGACAGACAUUGAGAUCACCUCCAACCAUUAUUACAACAGCACAAUACACAACUCUUCUCUUCUUCUUCUUCUUCUCUUACGAACUGUAUACCCUAAAGCAAUGGAGGGAAGGGGGGGAGGUUAAAAGACACACAGAGAAAGAGAGAGACCAGAGGGUAAGUCUAGAAACUGCUGGAUACUUAAUUUGGCCAUCCAUUAUGACCAAGACUCACAAAGAGAAAGAACUCAUACAUAAAGCCUGUGUCUCUUCAGCCUUCAGCUGACAUCUCUGGCUUCCCUGCUUCAUUCUCUCCAUCCUCCAUCCUCUCAUCCCCGCUGCUACCCUCUGGUCAGGCCCUCAGUCCAGAGAGGAGCCAUUAUAUCUUGCCUACUUCACCCCCCCCCCCCCCCGGUUCGCCCCUGAUUGCAUUGUUCCUCGGACCACCAGCCGAGAUCGCAUCUUGCAUUGCAGAAACCUUACGUUGAAGGCAAGGUUUCUGGAUGUGGGGUUUUUACUUUUAAUCUUGGGUGUUAUUGCACUAAGAUCUCCAGGCCUGCACUCUAUAUGAAAGCCGUGGAUUUAAUAACCUACCAGCAACCCCAUCAUGCCGGCAUACGUAAAGAAACGUAAAACAACUUGACAGGACAAAGACUUGAAGCCUGUGGGUCGCGGCGUUUGAAUAUUUAAUCAUCUCGUCUCACAGCCCUCCUAUGGCCCAUGUGCUUGGGUUACACGGCCGUACGUUUUCAUUAAGGACAUGAUGGACCAGCUCAUUUUGAACCCAGAAGCGCAGGAGGACAAAGCGAGCGUGAUCAUGUAAAAUGCUUAAGGCCUCUUAAGGCCUCGUGGUCCAGCUGGGUUGGCUGCGAUCUUAAAAUGUCAUCGCUUAUCUCAGCUGUGAUCCAUCUUUAAUGCAUUCUGCUCAUAUUUAACGUGUCAUUUAUGUUUUGUUAUUCCUCCAGUGAUCAGCAGGGUACUGCAAAGUGACUGGGGAGGCGGAGGAAGGAUGUCUGGGUAUGUUUGUGUGAGUGUGCGAGAGUGUGAGUGAGCCAAGAAGCGGCUCUCUCUGAUUCGUGUUUUUUGGUUUUUUUUCAUGGCCAGCCAAGUUGGCCUGGCAACAAAAGGAAAUCAUGCGUGUGAGAUUUAUUAAAACUAUGUAUUAUUUAUUAUCGGGACUUAAAGAGUCCCAUUACUGUAUUUUUAACUGUUUUUUUUUCAUGAAUCACUGGAUAAAAAUUGUGCUUUGCCAUCUAGUAAGUGGACCAUCCUAUGUUCAGCACACCACUUCAGGCAACAGCGGUGGAAGUUUUACAUAAUGCAAAACUACAAAGACCACUUCUGAAAACUGCACAUAGAAACACGUUUAGUCGCUUUAAAAUUAAUCUUUAAUUCUGCAGUGCUUAAGUGCUCAACCACACGAUGCUUUUGUGGUUGGAGCCUGACGCUCUGUAGCUUACAAUAAUGAAAAACACACAAACCGCUGCUGCUCCUUCUGGAAUAAAAAGUGGAACGUGUGGAAAACAGACCUGAGCAGAGGAUACAGUGUUUUAUGAAGUGGCUGUGAAUAUCUGAAUUCAAAGUGUGCUUAUCUGAACUUACCGGAGGAACCUCAGCUUUGAAAGCAUGAGAUGCACAGUAGUUUUUAUUUAUUUACAGACAUUUGUGUUCAGAUAUAUGUAAUAUUCCUUCCAAGGCACAUACACUGUAAAAACUACACACUUUGGCUCGGCCCACUUUAAAGGCUAAGGCUGCCAUUUUUGUGUGUUUUUCUUUUCUGCCAAAAAAAUCCCAUGAAAAGACUAAAACCAACAAUGCGGAAGUCUGUCUGCCAACCUCCCCACUCUGUCAGCUGCACUGCCACAAGCGCACUGGUUCCUACUGAGAAUAUUUUUAAAAACAGGUAUCAAAUAUGUCGUUUCAUGUUCUAAUAAAAACUCUGUAAUUUCAUAAAACAGCUGGGUACUAUAUUUUUUAGCAAAUGUUACUCAAACAUAAGUAAGUAGUGCCUAUUUCCCGCUGUGGAUGAAUACACAUUCAUUGUUCUAGUGAGUAUUUAUGCCAGCAGGAUGGUGUAUGUGGGAUAGACCCAAAAUAAACUACAAUGCCCAUGUUCAUUGUAAUGAAAGAGCAUGUCACUCAGUGCAACAGUGUGGCUCAUUUGUGUCUUUUUAAUUGUUUUUGGGGAAACAAUGAAGCUCUGUGGCACAGAGGAAUAAACUACACCAGGCUUUGACUACACAGACAAUACUUGUUGCAUUAAUAUGAUCAGUUCAUUGUUGACGUUGGUCUUUUAAUGGGAUUUAAUGGGACAAAAAGAAAAAUAAAGAAUAUUGUUAAACCUAUCCUUUAAAUGAAUUUACUGCUAAUGCUGAUGCUCAGCUGUAUUUAAAUUCAUUUGAAUUCAGGUGCAACAUGUGAAAAUCAUUUCAGCGCUGAAUUCAACCACAUUAAUCUGCUGUAAAAUAACAAGAAAACACUGUAUUUGUGUUGUUUGUCAUUCGUAAUCAUCUAUGGCGACCCAAAGUGUUCAAUAUUGAAUAAAUAAGAUAUUGUGAAGUGAAUGGCCAUGAGAAUAUACAAACAACAUAUAUAGUCAUAAAGUUAUGACUAUUCCAAUGUAUUUUUUGAAGUCAGCUUUUUAUAGUGCAAUUCUUUUUUCAUAUUACUUCUUUUCACAAUAACAGGGUUUAUUGCAGGUCAUGAUUGUUUCAUUCCAACAGUUUUUAUAUCACAACACCAUUUUUCCUCAGUGACUUUCAUUUUGUAAUGUCACCACAGUUAUGUGAUUGGCUGUUGCCUGGGUCGGAGUCACACUUUGUUAAAGGGACAUUUUGGAAUAAAAACUGUCGGAAUGAAAUAAAAAUGACCAGAAAUCAUCUCUGUUCAGUUUUAAAGGACCUAUUUGUUGCUGUUGCUAUUGCUACAUUGCCAGCAUUAGCAUUAGUAGCUGUUUAUUUACCAGUUUUGCCAAGAGCUUCAGCCAUUGUUGCGUUUUACAAGACAAGAGUUUAUAAUACACCCUCUGAGUUGCGCUACUUCUUCAGGGCAGAUUGGAGGCUACAGUGACUCUGUAUCGGAAACAACAAGACAGUCCGACCAGGGCGGGGCUAGCUGGUUAGCAUGUUAGCUGCAGUAGAAGAAAAGAAGUGAUAGAAAUAAAACAAGUUAUUAUUGGUGAGUAAAGGAAUGAUGUUUGGUGUUGAACUUGAAAAGUUUCUUUUAGACUGGUAAAUAAACAAUCGUUAAUGCUAACGUAAGUUAUGUAGCAAUAGCAAAAAUUUACACAUAGCACCUUUUAAAGAUUUUUUGCUUUGUUUCACAAUCAUGUGUUUUCUCUUUAUUUUUUUUCAUGAUUAUUUUAUGAAGUCUAAUUUAUUUUAUUUUGAACACGUUGGGUCUCCAUAAGCACGGGCACAGAACCUGAUAUGAUUAAUAACCUUUAACCUGAUGUUUAUUGAACACAGCUGAGAUAUUAUAAGGUACUGUAAGUACUGAUACGGUAUAGUGAGUAUACAGUAAUAAACUGAUGCUCAAACGCAUCCCUGUGGUAGAUCAAAAUAGGUACAGUGUUUGCAAAUGCUUUUCCUCCUAUGUCUGUGUCCUACUGGGAGGCAGCUGAACAAUAUGUCUUUAUUUCCCCUCAACUUUUCAUUUAUGAUCCAUUUCUCCCUGGCUGUGAUUCUUUUUAAAGUGCUCUUUUGAUUGUACGAGUUGUUCGCCUGGCUGUUCUGCUUCUUGUGAGAGAGUUUCGGUAAUGGUCAUGCUGUCAUGUCUAAGAGUCUGCUAUUCCUCUUUGAAAAUGCCAGAGAGGCUGUAAAAACAGUACUCUAAAAUCUCAUCCUGUUCACAUUAGUUGCCCCUUCUUCACUUUUUAGAGUGACGCUGUAAAGCUGUUGUUUUAUAUUUUCGUUUUAUUAGAAAAUGAAACUGGGCUUCUUACUUGUGGUGUCAGAGCAAUUUUUUUGGGGGGGGGGGUAAAAAAGAAACAGUUCUUUGUGACUGGGGGAAAAUGGCAUACUUGAUAAUACUUUGACUGCGUUUUCUUUGAUCUGCUCGUGUAUUUCCUCUGUUUAUGAGUUUAUCUGUGAACUGAGAAGAACGAGACUCUCUGUGAUUCAGUGGAAGAGUUUGGGUGUGUGACGGGGCUCAGAACAAAUGGCUAGCGACAAUCAGAGCUAGGGGCCGCAAAGCUUUGUAACGAUGGGUGGUGAACGUGACAAAUAAAGUUUGAAUGAUUUCAAUUCA